CAGCCCGCCGGCCCGGCCAGCCCAGCCCAGCCCGGCGGCCCGCAGCCCCGCCGCCCGCCGCCCCCCGCCGCCGCCGCGUUGCCAAAACAAACGGGCCGGCCUAUUUAUUGGCGGCCGGCGAGCCGGGCAGCUCAGAGUCGAGGCGCCGAGGGGGACAGCGCGCCGCCACCAGCCAGGGCCCCGGGCCCCCGCCCCGCACCUGAGUCCCGCCGGCCCUGCGCCGCGCCGCGCAGCCCAUGGCGCCCCCACCCGGAGCCCCCCGGAGCCAGCCGGACGCCUGAGCCCCCGCAGCGCUCCCGUCGACUCGCCCGCCCACCAGCCCACCAGGCGCCCUCGCCCGCCGCUCGCCCGGGCUCCCCGGCCAUGUCUCCCGCCCGGCUCCGGCCCCGACUUCGGUUCUGCCUGCUCCUGCUGCUGCUGCUGGUGCCGGCGGCGCGGGGCUGCGGGCCGGGCCGGGUGGUGGGCAGCCGGCGGCGGCCGCCGCGCAAGCUCGUGCCGCUCGCCUACAAGCAGUUCAGCCCCAACGUGCCCGAGAAGACCCUGGGCGCCAGCGGGCGCUAUGAAGGCAAGAUCGCGCGCAGCUCGGAGCGCUUCAAAGAGCUCACCCCCAACUACAAUCCCGACAUCAUCUUCAAGGACGAGGAGAACACGGGCGCCGACCGUCUCAUGACCCAGCGCUGCAAGGACCGCCUGAACUCGCUGGCCAUCUCGGUGAUGAACCAGUGGCCCGGCGUGAAGCUGCGAGUGACCGAAGGCUGGGACGAGGACGGUCACCACUCGGAGGAGUCGCUGCACUAUGAGGGCCGCGCGGUGGACAUUACCACUUCGGACCGCGACCGCAAUAAGUACGGACUGCUGGCACGCUUGGCAGUGGAGGCCGGCUUCGACUGGGUGUAUUACGAGUCCAAGGCCCACGUGCAUUGCUCCGUCAAGUCUGAGCACUCGGCUGCGGCCAAGACAGGUGGCUGCUUUCCUGCUGGAGCCCAGGUGCGCCUGGAGAGUGGGGCACGCGUGGCGCUGUCAGCCUUGAGGCCUGGAGACCGGGUGCUGGCCAUGGGGGAGGAUGGGAACCCCACCUUCAGCGACGUGCUCAUUUUCCUGGAUCGCGAGCCCAACAGGCUGAGGGCCUUCCGGGUCAUCGAGACCCAGGACCCCCCGCGCCGCCUGGCACUCACGCCCGCCCACCUGCUCUUCACCUCCAACAAUCACACGGAGCCAGCCGCCCACUUCCGGGCCACGUUCGCCAGCCAAGUGCAGCCCGGCCAGUAUGUGCUGGUGGCCGGGGUGCCAGGCCUGCAGCCUGCGCGAGUGGCGGCUGUCUCCACACACGUGGCCCUUGGGGCCUACGCCCCGCUAACACGGCACGGGACGCUGGUGGUGGAGGAUGUGGUGGCUUCCUGCUUCGCGGCCGUGGCGGACCACCGUCUGGCUCAGUUGGCCUUCUGGCCCCUGCGACUGUUUCACAGCUUGGCGUGGGGCAGCUGGAGCCCGGGAGAGGGGGUGCACUGGUACCCCCAGGUGCUCUACCGUCUGGGACGGCUCCUGUUGGAAGAGGGUAGCUUCCACUCGCUGGGCAUGGCCGGCCCAGGGAGCUGAAAAGGCCCCUUCGCUGCCCUCCUGCAACUGCCUAACUGCUUGCCGGCAGGGCACCAGCGCUGGCCGGGGCCUGAGUUGGGGGGCGCUGGUUCCCACCAUCUCCUCUUCGACAGAGACACCCCAUCGCGACUUGACUGGGCAGUGCCAGUGUGGACCAUCCCACCUCGAUGCCGAGCCGGUUGGGGCGGGGUGGGGCUGCUCUAGCCUUCUAUUCUAGAGACCUCGAGGCUGGCACAGUGGGGCCAACCCAGCCAGCCCUCCCUUCGGCUUUUCACACCCGCCUUCCCCACAGGGGAGGGCCCAUUCCAUUUGUCUCAGGCCCCUCUUAGUUGGGCUCACACCUCAGUUGAUGCUGCUAGAUUCCCUGGGAGCCAGCAGGGAGCUGGCCGGACUCAUCACCUGCUGCCCAGAACUGCCAAGGCUGCGGGGUAGGGCAGCCAGCCUGGCCACCCUGAGGCAUGACCUUCGUCCCUGGCCACACUCCCCGGGACACAUCCAGAGACUGUUGCUGUGGUGGCCAGAGUUCUGGGUUCCAGCCAAUGUGAUCAUAGUGCCCGGGACCAGGGGAGGGGGCUGGAUGUCCUUCCGCCCCUGCCCAGGCUAAGCUCCCUCUUCUGCUGAACCAUGACCCCCACACCCCCUCCGGUCAGUCUCCCCCACCUUAUUUAUUGGCGCGGAGGGGGAAGCCCAUGGGAGAAUUUGGGGGAUGUUUUGGUCUUUUCUUCCUUUUGUAAUAAAAAUUAUUUAAGUUGUUAGAGCCAUAGAGUCUAGGAUGCUGAGUGGGGCCAAUACACAGACAGCCUGGAGCCAUGGGUGGGUCCGUCCGGGGCUGUGCUCACCUUCCUCCACGGACAAAACCUCCCAUGCUCCCACCAUCUCUGCAGGCCCUCCUCACCCAGCAGCCCAGCAAAGUCCCCACAGAGAGCUGGGCUCUGCGCCAGGCAAGGCCUUUCACACGCUGACCUCCAAGUUUGCCCUAAACACUACUGGACCAGAGA